CGUUGCGGUAGUGUGGUGUGGACUGUUUUCGUUUUAGGAGAAUUUUUGCAAGAAUCGCUCAGUUGGCAGCGAAGUAGUGGUAGUCGGCAAUCGUUGCAAGUUUACCAGAUGUGUUGUUUGUUUUAUUUUUAUAAAUUGUAAAUAUUUUCGGUUUUAAUGCGACUGCUUAGCGUAGUUUAUACAGUCAGCUGUUCACACAGUGCGGAGGACCGCUGCGUACAGAAAAUGGAAGCCAUCUUGGGUUAGGUUGUCAAUUACUUACAUGGAGAUUUACAAGUAGUUUUCGGUGUAAUUUAUGCACGGUUUUAAGUUCCAGCUUUCAAAUAUAACACUAUAAAGUUUUUAUCGACGAAAAUUCACAAUGUCAACCGACCAACGGCCUGAACGUGAAAUUGCGGCAGAAGACAGCAUAAAAGUCGUCUGCCGAUUUAGGCCCUUGAAUGAUUCAGAGGAGAGAGCUGGAUCUAAAUUCAUUUGCAAAUUUCCUUCUGGAUCGGAGGAUAAUUGCAUAUCGAUAGGGAGUAAGGUUUUCCUGUUUGACAAGGUAUUCAAGCCAAAUGCAACACAGGAAAAAGUCUACAAUGAAGCUGCAAAAUCAAUUGUUACAGAUGUACUCUCUGGCUUCAAUGGAACGAUAUUUGCCUAUGGUCAGACUUCUUCUGGCAAAACGCACACGAUGGAAGGUGUUAUUGGUGACCCGGUGAAGCAGGGUAUAAUACCUCGAAUAGUUAAUGAUAUAUUCAAUCACAUUUACGCUAUGGAAGAAAACCUGGAAUUCCACAUCAAAGUUUCAUACUUUGAAAUUUACAUGGACAAAAUAAGGGACUUAUUAGAUGUCUCCAAAGUAAACCUCAGCGUCCACGAAGACAAGAACAGGGUACCAUUUGUGAAAGGAGCAACUGAACGAUUUGUUUCAAGCCCAGAGGAAGUAUUUGAAGUAAUAGAAGAAGGCAAAGCUAACAGGCACAUUGCAGUCACAAAUAUGAAUGAACACAGUUCCCGUUCACACAGUGUAUUCCUAAUAAAUGUGAAACAAGAAAACCUAGAGAACCAAAAGAAACUCUCUGGAAAAUUGUACCUGGUAGAUCUGGCUGGCAGUGAGAAGGUCAGCAAAACUGGUGCUGAAGGAACAGUUUUAGAUGAAGCAAAAAAUAUAAACAAAUCUCUUUCAGCACUUGGUAAUGUCAUAUCUGCACUUGCUGAUGGCAACAAAACCCACAUUCCAUACAGAGAUUCCAAACUGACAAGGAUUCUACAGGAAUCAUUAGGUGGCAAUGCGAGGACCACCAUUAUAAUAUGUUGUUCCCCAGCUUCAUUCAAUGAAGCAGAAACUAAAUCAACACUUGAAUUUGGAAAGAGAGCAAAGACUAUAAAGAAUGUGGUAUGUGUGAAUGAAGAGUUAACUGCUGAGGAAUGGAAACGACGCUAUGAGAAGGAGAAGGAGAAAGUGGCACGGCUGAAAGGGAAACUGGAAAAACUAGAAUUGGAGCUCAGCAGGUGGCGCUCGGGAGAAACGGUUAACGUAGAUGAGCAGGUGAACUUGCAGGAACCUCUGGAUGCUGCAACACCUAUCACUCAGUCAAUAGAGGUUAAAAAAGAGGAUGUUUUGGGCCCAGUGCCAGCAACUCCAGGUGGAGGUGUGAUGAUUGGAUCCCUGUCAAAUGAAGAAAGGCAAAAAUUGGAAGAGGAACGUGAGAAACUGUACCAGCAACUUGAUGAAAAAGAUGAAGAGAUCAACCAGCAGAGUCAGCUUGUAGAGAAGUUAAAGGAUCAGAUGCUUGAACAAGAGGAGCUUAUUGCAUCAACUAGGAGAGAUUAUGAACUGCUCCAGCAAGAGAUGAAUCGGAUCCAGCAGGAGAACGAGAGUGCAAAGGAAGAAGUCAAAGAAGUCCUUCAAGCUCUGGAAGAAUUAGCAGUUAAUUAUGACCAAAAGUCGCAAGAAGUGGAAACAAAAAACAAGGAAUAUGAAAGCCUUACAGAAGAACUUAUGCAGAAACAGUCUGCGCUGAACUCAACAUCAUCAGAACUUCAGCAACUGAAAGAUAUGUCCUCUCACCAAAGGAAACGCAUAACAGAAAUGCUCACCAACCUGUUGAAAGAUCUAGGAGAAAUUGGUGUUGCUAUUGGAGGUGAUAAUGAUAUGAAGGUGUCUGCAGACAGCAAUGGCAAGUUAGAAGAGGAAUUUACUGUUGCACGAUUGUAUAUUUCGAAAAUGAAAUCUGAAGUUAAAAAUCUGGUUCAGCGCUGUCAAGGACUAGAAACCUAUCAGAUGGAUUGUAACAAAAAGAUAACAGAAUACGAGAAAGACCUGGCAGAAUGUCGUCUGCUUAUUUCUCAACAUGAAGCAAGGAUGAAGACACUGCAGGAGUCGAUGCAGGAAGCUGAAAAUAAGAAGCGCACUCUUGAAGAAGAAGUUGAUGCAUUGAGAGAGGAAUGUGCAAAAAUGAAAGCAGCUGAGCAAAUGCAUGCAGUAUCGAGCAAGGAGAAGGCAGAAGAAAAAGAACAAGCAAACAAAAUGAGGGUUGCACUUGAAGCUCAAAUGGACCAACUGCGGGAUGCUCACCAGAAGCAGGUUGGAACAUUGAGAGACGAGAUAAUGGAAAAGCAGUCACAAAUAAAUGAACUCAAGGACUUAAACCAGAAGUUCACCUUAGCACACCAGCAGAUGCAGCAGGACUACGAGAAACUGAAACAAGAAGAGACUGAAAAGAGCCAAAAGCUGCAGGAACUUAUUCUUACGAAUGAACGGCGAGAGCAGGCUCGAAAAGAUCUUAAAGGUCUUGAGGACACUGUAGCGAAGGAACUGCAGACAUUGCAUAACCUGAGGAAGUUGUUUGUGCAAGAUUUGCAGGCUCGCAUCAAGAAGUCUGCAAAUGCUGAAGACAAUGAAGAUGAUGGUGGUUCACUUGCACAGAAACAGAAGAUCAGUUUCCUUGAAAACAAUCUUGAUCAACUUACAAAAGUACAUAAGCAGCUUGUGAGGGAUAAUGCUGACCUGCGGUGUGAACUUCCUAAAUUGGAAAAGAGGCUACGUGCUACUAUGGAAAGAGUUAAGGCACUAGAAUCUGCACUGAAGGAUGCUAAGGAAGGUGCUAUGAAGGACCGCAAGAGGUACCAGUACGAGGUUGACCGUAUAAAGGAAGCCGUUCGUCAGAAGAACUUGGCAAGACGCGGACCCAGUGCCCAGAUUGCAAAACCAAUUCGUGCUGGUCAGCAUCAUACACAUCUUAGUGGUAACCCAGCUGCUAUUCGAGGAGGCGGUGUUGUACAGGGUUCGCCACUUACAAGACUCAUUAAUGACGAUGAGAUGCGCAAGAAGAAAGCAGUUAUGGCUGGUGGCUACAGAGAAAUGAAUGAGAGCUGAACAGCUAAUCAUUGUGGUGCUGUAGAAGAAAAUUAGGAUUUAAUUAAUUCCUGACAUGACUCAAUAAUAUUAAUGGACAGUAUCAAUCACCGAAAUAUGUAACACGCAAAUGUUGUAACAAGUAACCAGUACUUCUUUAAUUCUUCGGUGCUUAUGUAAAAGAAGAGGUCAUCAGCAUUUUAUUUCUUUGUUCACCAGUUUCAUUGAUGAGCAUAAAUCAGUUCACGUUGUACAUUUGUUUUGUUAUUCAUGAUGCUGCAAGAAUCAAAGCAGCAAGUUGGCUGUAAGCAAAUCAUGAAACACAUUGUUCCUGGUGCAUAGGUUGCUGGUGUUGUGGUUUCAUUGGUGUACAACAUGAACUAAUGCUGCCUGUGCAGUAUAAAUUGGAAAGUAUUAGCAAAAUGACAUUCUUUUUUU